UAAUCUCACGUCUUCGAUUGUGGGGAUCUUGUUUUCUUGUGGUGAAGAGCUUUUAUAACGGCAAAUUAAGCGUACGUCAUGGGUGACCAAGAAAGAGGACGCCGUCGUCCAUUGGACGUUCAUCAAAGAUCAGGACAGGAGCCGCAAUCGAAGAUUUUUCGAAAUCAAUCUGACAGGCAUACCCCUGGCGACAGAGAUAGAUCGGAUGUUUCGAGUUCACGCAGAGCGUCCACAUCCCAUGGAGCUUCUACAUACCAUGGAGCAUCCACAUCUCGUGGCACUGGUGAUUCAACAUCUCGUGACGCUUCCACAUCGCGUGGAUCUGAUAUUCCAGCAGUUAGUGUUUCACAUAAUGCGCCAGUUCGCGGCGAAGGCAGUGGCCCACAAAACGCACGCAGGCGAAUUGAUCAUUAUGAGAUUGUUAACAGCAGACCGGCGGAUGUGCUCACAAAACGUGGAGAGGAGGGCAAACCCAUCAAAUUGAUAUCGAACUUUUAUAGUCUGAAAACUAGACCGCAAUGGCGCAUUAUACACUAUCAUGUGAAUUUUGAGCCUGAGAUUGCGGUGGUGCGGGUGCGCUGUGGCGUGUUGUCUCAGCACGCUCCUGCCUUGGGCACUGGUUAUCUUUUCGAUGGCAUGCAGCUGUUUACGACCAAGAAAUUCGAGCAGGAUGUUACUGUGCUGAAAGCAACCUCAAAGCAAGGCGUCGAUUAUACUAUUACCAUCAAAAGCGUGGGAAUUAUAUCGUCGGUCGAGCCCCGUUUUCUGCAGGUCUUGAAUUUGAUAUUGCGUCGCUCCAUGAAAGGUCUAAAACUGGAGCAGGUCGGACGUAAUCUUUUCGAUCCGCACGCACGGGUACCUCUGCGUGAGUUCUCUUUGGAACUGUGGCCCGGUUACGAGACCUCAAUCCGUCAGCAUGAAACGGAUAUAUUACUAUGCGCUGAGAUCACUCACAAGGUAAUGCGCACCGAAACAGUCUAUGAUAUUAUGCGUCGCACCUCUGCCAACCCCUCAACCCAUCAGGAAGAAUUCCGCGUCAAUGUCCUGGGCUUAAUUGUACUCACUGAUUACAAUAACAAAACUUAUCGCAUCAAUGAUGUUGACUUUGCACAAACGCCGCGAACCACAUUCAGUUGCAAGGGCAAAGACGUUAGUUUUGUUGAGUACUAUCAAACGAAAUACAAUAUACGCAUCAGGGACCAAAACCAGCCUCUGCUUCUUUCAAAAAAUCGAGAUAAAGCCCAAAACAGCAAUGCCAAUGAAAUUGUUAUCCUUAUACCCGAGCUGUGUCGCGUAACUGGACUCACCGAUAGCAUGCGAUCAAAUUUCCAACUUAUGCGCGCGAUGUCCAAUCAUACACGCAUGAAUCCAAGCAGACGCAUUGAGCGUUUGCAAACUUUUAACCAGCGAUUGCAAACGACAGCAGAAAGCAGCAAGGUCUUGACCGACUGGAACAUGGAGCUGAGUCAGAAUCUGGUACAGGUUCAGGGACGUGUGAUUGAGCCACAGAACAUUGUCUUCAAAUCAAAUAAGGUCUGUGCUGGGGAACAAGCAGAUUGGACGCGAUACUUUCGGGAUCAACAGAUGUUUACAACACCCAAGAAUGGCUUGGAUCGAUGGGCUGUGAUUGCGCCGCAGCGCAACUUGCGUGAUUUAAGACAACUAUUGGAGAAUCUGAAUCGCGUUGCAAGAGGCAUGGGUUUUCAGAUAAGUAGCCCUCGAGAAGUAAUGAUUUAUGAUGAUCGCACAGGCAGCUACAUACAAGCCUUGGACGAUUGCACUCGCAGUGAUCCAAAACUGGUUCUCUGCAUCGUGCCAAGCAACAAUGUUGAAAGAUACUCAUCGAUUAAAAAACGUGGUUGUGUGGAUAGAUCUGUGCCCACCCAGGUGGUAACCACCAGGGCUAAUCAGAAAGGCAUGAGCGUUGCCACUAAAAUUGCCAUACAAAUCAAUUGUAAGCUGGGCUACACACCAUGGAUGAUCGCUGUGCCGAUGGCUGGCCUGAUGACGAUGGGCUUUGAUAUUGCCAAAUGUACGCGUGAUCGCAACAAAGCCUAUGGAGCAUUGGUGGCUUCAAUGGACCUACAACGGAAUGCCACUUUUUUUAGUACGGUCGCUGAGUGCAGCGCGUAUGAUGUAUUGGCCAACAAUUUGUGGCCAAUGGUUUUGAAGGCCCUCAGGAAGUAUAGAGAGGAACAGAAUGCACUGCCAGCUCGUAUUAUAUUUUAUCGCGAUGGCGUUAGUUCAGGCUCCUUGAAACAGUUGUUCGAAUACGAGGUGAAGGAUAUUGUCGAGAAACUAGAUGCUGAAUAUCAAAAGGCUGAGGCAAAUCCACCAAAGUUCGCCUACAUAGUAGUCACCAAAUCUUCAAAUACACGUUUCUUUGGCGAUCGUAGGGAAAAUCCGCCACCGGGCACGGUUGUUGAUGAUGUGGUCACGUUGCCCGAACGUUAUGAUUUUUAUCUCGUUUCGCAGACAGUGCGGCAGGGAACAGUUUCGCCAACCAGUUAUAAUGUUCUCUAUAGUAAGAUACAUUUAAGUCCCGAUCGUAUUCAAAAGCUUACAUACAAAAUGUGCCAUUUGUAUUACAAUUGGUCGGGAACUACUCGUGUUCCAGCUGUUUGUCAAUAUGCUAAGAAGUUGGCAACACUUGUUGGCACUAAUUUGCACGCCAUACCACAGAAUGCUCUUGAGAAAAAAUUUUAUUAUCUUUAAGAACACUUUUGUCAUUAUUUUUAAAGUUUCUGAAGAAUAAAUUCUACUACCUCUAAGUUCAACUAGGUUAACCUAACCUAACCUAAGUUCAACUAUGUUUAUUUUUUGAAGAUGCCAUUAUUUUAAAGUCUUGAGAAAGAAAUAUCCUUAUGAUCAAAUACGUAUAUUUAAGAACGUUUGAAGCAGCUAUCCAUCUUUUUUAAGUUAUCUGUCAAACAAAAAAAAAAAAAUUUUUAAUUUGAAGCAAAUUUAAAACUACACCUCUGAAAAUAAUUUCGAAAUGUAAUAAAAUUAGCCGAAGGUUGCUAUUUGAUUUUUGAAUAUUAUGA